AUGCAGCAGAUUUUGUACUCGAGUGGAGCUACAGCGUGGAGCUACAGCCUGGAGCUACAGCGUGGAGCUACAGCGUGGAGCUAUAGCGUGGAGCUACAGCGUGGAGCUACAGCCUGGAGCUACAGCCUGGAGCUACAGCGUGGAGCUACAGCGUGGAGCUACAGCCUGGAGCUACAGCGUGGAGCUACAGCCUGGAGCUACAGCGUGGAGCUACAGCCUGGAGCUACAGCCUGGAGCUACAGCGUGGAGCUACAGCCUGGAGCUACAGCGUGGAGCUACAGCGUGGAGCUACAGCCUGGAGCUACAGCCUGGAGCUACAGCCUGGAGCUACAGCGUGGAGCUACAGCGUGGAGCUACAGCGUGGAGCUAUAG